GCACUUUUUAUUUGUUGUGUCUGUAAUCGAGCAUUGUGCCACUGUCUGUUUCUUUCUCCUGGGGCUAAAACUGUGCUCUCGGCAUAUGAACAAACAGUACAACUGCUCCUCCCUUCAACUAUGAGGAUUUAAACUUGUCUCUGUUAAAAGACCUCCAUGAAAUUCACGGUAAGCGCAUACAUUAUUUAACCAUCAACAAAUAAAAAUGGCUCCAUGUGGUUUGCUACAUCCACUGUCCUUAGUCUCCUUUGAAAGUAAAAUGCAAUUCACUGCAAGUCAAGAUCUCUCCUUUACAAGAAGCACAUUUCUCAAGCUAACAGAGACCAAGAGCCAAAGUGAUGUGUGGAGCAUCAAGCCUCCAGAUUUCUCUCUGAAACUGUAUAGAUGCCUGUCUGUUCCUCGAAAGAAAGAAGAAAAGAACAUUUUAAAACUAACUGUACCUCAGUGCGGUGAAACAAAGAGGAGAACUGGAAUUUUCCUACCAAAUGUUGUGCAUGUGAAUCCUGAGAGGAAAGACCCUCCGAAGUUCAUCACAUCGUACAGAGCACUGGAUGCUCUGGAGUCUGAACUGAUGUUUGUAAAGAUGGGAAAAUAUAAUUCUGGACCUUACAAAAACCCUAAACCUCACAACUUCAGACCACUUGAUGAGGACCUUCCAGAUAUAAUAACUGCAUAUGAGAGAGACCCUGGCAACCUGAAUUUAAAAUUAACAAACUUGGAUACAUUGGGGCCCACCAGAUCUGAGACAGACUUCAAGUGCAGAGAUACCAAGACACAAAUGGGCACCUAUAAACCUGCAGAGCCUAAAUGGGAUCCAAAGCUCAUCCUCCCUCCGCUGCCCUGGCCUCCAAAAUCAGCUUCCUAUACGAGACACCAACGAAGAAGAGGAGCAUACAGUGCGUUCUUGGACCGUGUGGAAGAGAAACUCUGUAGACAGUGGGAAAAUAAAUCAUGACUCUUUUUUUCCUCUUUAUCUUUUCAAAGUAAUAAUUAAGUGAUCAAUUUUGCUGUUUAAUGUGGAAAAUCAAAUAUUGAAAAUGUUGCAAAUUGCUGAAUAGGUCUAUUCAUCAUUCAAGUUUUUUUUUUUAACUUAGUUACAGGCAACUAUCUUUUUUCUGUAUUUAUGUUUUUCAGUUUGUACUAUCAAGCCUCUGGACAAAACUGUACAUGAAUACUAGUUUAUUAAAAUUUGUAAAUGUGUACACCACUAGUACUGCAGGUGAAAGUAGGGUUGUGCAGAUACAAAUGCUGUUGAUCAAGUACUCGCAAUAUUGUCUUCCUUCUCCAGUACAACCCAGUACUACUUCAUGUUAACUUCACACUGGUUGAGAGGUACAUUUGAGUGAUGAUGACAAAAGUAAAGAAUGCUGCAAGCUUUGCACUGCUAAAUAGUGCUGCAUAGUAGCGACUUUGGGCAAACUUUGUUACAUAGAAAAAGUUUGGUGACACAGUUGUAUCACCUCUACAGUCUGAACUGGCACGAAACUCUCAAAAUGUCUUUUUCUUAGAUAAAAAGUGCCAGGCCUAACCUUGUGUCAAUUUUCAGGGAAAAAGUUAAAUUUGACUCCCAUGAAACAUCUGAUUUCUGACUUUAAAAUCCCACUGUAUGAGCCUCAAACGGCAGGCAAAAUCUAAAAGGCAUCUACUAUGACAAAUUGAUUUGAAUUAUGGAGUCAUUUUGAAUCUUUCUAAGCCCAGUAGGACAUUUCCAGCCCUCACUAUAUUACAGAAUCUGUCUUACCGAGAGCGCAUCACCUUGUGAAAAAGUACAUUAACAGCCUAAUGCAGUGAAAUUUGUUCUACGGCUUCAUCACUGACUGAUAAUUGACUGAAGGUUAGGAUUAGGGUCUCUCAUCACUGUCACUGCAAUGGUUUGAUGUGGAUUUAAGUCUGAGAAGUUGUAUUAGAGCCAUUGAACUAUUAUGUUAAAACAAAUUUUAAUCAUAAAAAUAUUGCAAUGUUAUGAAUUGCCAAAAUGUACAGCAAGUAGUUGUACUUGGGCUGAGAAAGUAGCUAUAAGCACAUAAAUAAUCUAAAAGGGAAUUAACAGAACUAGCAUAUUUAGAGACUCGUAUAACCUAGUAUAGCUAAGGACAUGCAGGUUUUGUAGUGUCAUGAUGCACACUGGUCCACUGACAGCUGCUCAUUCGUCGAACCAGGAAUUAUAAACACGUAAGCCUGCACAUGUUCGAAGCAUAUCUGACAUAGCUGCACAUAUGUGCUGAAUGAGUCAUCUGUGGCUCUGUCCAUAACUCGCAGACCAAAUAUAAAAUGAAAGAAAUGUCAAUGAGCCACAGGCUGCCAUGUGGUUUCCUCAUUUAAAUCCCUUGUUAUUCUUUCGAGUACAGAACAAUGUAAUAAAAAAUAUAACAUCUUGUGGGAAAAGCAAAGCUAAUGGGGUUUUUAUGCAACAGUGUCAUCAUUCAUUGUAGUACUGUGCAAAAGUUUACAGCAAUUCGAAAAAAGCUGGAUUGGGAAUACAGAAUUAGCAGUUAAUGCCACAACAAAAACUAUUUAAAACAUCCUUGAAACACAACAAGGAUGUUUCCUGCUUCACAAUGGACCUCUGGGGGGUGACUAUGCAACAGCAAGCAAGAUCAGUCUGCAUACUGUAAAGGCAGUGAGUUGACUUUAAUUGACAAAACUUGUGCAUUUUCACCUUAUUUAUGACCAUUUGGAAAACAAAAACAUGUAUUAUGCUUGAGUAAAUGAAAUGACGCUAUGGAAGAAAAACCCUGACAAUGAAACGUGAAAAAUAUAUCACUCUACAGACUGAAUGAAUGAUUAUUACGUAGAAGAAUGUAUCAUGAAUUGGACAUUAUUUUAAAGGUGAAUGGAAAGAAAAUGCUGAAAACUGUCAUUGUGGCUGAGUUUCAUGGUAAUUUUACUGUGUCACUGUUAUGUUUUGUUGUGUGUAUUUUAGGUUUUAUGUAUCUAUAUAAAUGCACAACUAGUGACACGUUUCCAAACUAGCUUAAUUCUUAUAAAUGCUGAAAAAUUAAUCACAAAACUAAUACAAUCCAAAAAAUUGGUUUAUGUAAAAAAAAACCUGUCAUGCUUUAAUAUCUAAUUAGAUAAAUAUGAUAAUUCAUAUAAUGAAAAAGUAGUUUCUUAUUUAACAUAACUUUAUUAUAUUUGCAUUUACGUCUGUAUUAUGGUUGACAUUAUUCAGAUUUUUACUGUAUGUAUAUAUACACUACCAUUCAAAAGUUUGGGGUCACCCAGACAAUUUCAUGUUUUCCAUGAAGACUCACACUUUUAUUCAUGUGUUAGCAUAAUUGCACAAGAUUUUUCUAAUCAUCAGUUAGCCUUUCAACACCAGUAGCUAACAAAAUGUACCAUUAGUACACAGGAGUGAUGGUUGCUGGAAAUGGGCCUCUGUACCUCUAUGGAGAUAUUCCAUUAAAAAUCAGCUGUUUCCAGCUAGAAUAGUCAUUUACCACAUUGACAAUGUCUAGACAGUAUUUUUGAUUAAUUUAAUAUUAUCGUCAUUGAAAAAUUUUUUUUUUUCAAAAAUAAGGACAUUUCUAAGCGACCCCAAACUUUUAAACAGUAGUGUAUAAUAUUUAUAUUUACUACAUAUUAUGCAAUAUCAUUGUUACAAUAUUGAUGCUCAACUCUCCUUUUAGUCUUUAGAAAUUAGCCCGUAUCUGUUUGCUCUAUUGUUCGAUGUCUUUCUUACAGUUUAUCGCUUCCUGUAUGUCAUGAGCAGCAGUAAACGUCAGAAAUGUGUUCCUGUAUCCUGAUAUCACGGUGCUUACAACAUCCUACGUCCUAGUGCAGAGUGGCUGGUAUUAGGUGUAGCCCGUGGUGUUGAUUAUAACCCCUGUCUCUGUGUGAAAAUAAAUAAAUCGAACAAA